UAAUUUGUUUAAAAAUAGGUACAAAAAUAAUGAGUGCUUCAAUACCACAUUUCAUGUGUUUACCUUCAAGAAUCUGUCCAAGGGUGGUGAGGCCGUAAACAUCUGCUUCUAUCAAUAUAUGAUCGACUCCACUUCAAAUAAUGUAUUUUCCGAUAUGGUAUUGCUUCUUUAUAUGUUAGCAACAUAUUACUACAAGUAAAACUAGUUUAACAAUAAGUUGCUAACAAAACGCACAUGAGUAAAACAUGAACUUAGUAAGGGAAAGUAGUUGGUAAUAGCUUCACAAUGCAAGAUAGUGAUGCUGAACUCCUUGAAGAACUUAUAUUAGCAACAGCAUCAAGAAAUAUAAGCAAAGUUGAAGAACUUAUGCAAAUUGGAAUUGAUCCAUGUUCUCCAACAAGAGAAGGAAUAUGCCCUAUUCAUACAGCAGUUGUUCUUGAAUCACCUUCUGGUCCUGAAAUAGUUGCUAGAAUGUUAAAGUAUGGUGCUGAUCCUAAUACUAAAACAUCCACAGGUUUAUCACCUCUUCACAUUGCAGCAAUGUGGGGACGUGUAGACACUAUUAAUGUGUUAUUAGACAAUGGUGCUGAUAUUGCUGAUAAAGAUGAUAGUGACAUGAGUGCUCUAGAUUAUGCAGAAGUUGCAGAUGAGAAUAAAUAUGCUUGCAUUGAUGCCCUAACUGAAUUUCGUGGAGAUGUUAAAAGAAAGAGUGCUUGUUUUAAAACAAAAAGUAGGCUUUGCUUGAAUCGGAUAAAAGGCAAAAAAAAUUUGAUAAAUACCGAAAGCUCCCCAGAAAAAACUAAUAACUCAUAUGAUACAUCUAACUGUAAAAAAUUGUUAAAAACGAGUUCUACUCUAAAAAAUUCAAUAAUAACAUUUAAUAAAAAUGUUGAAAAUAUUAGGAAAGAGACUUUAGACAAAAAGGAAACAGAAAGAUCUCCUUUUACUCCUUCUUUUUUAGUUAGUAAAAGUUCUUUAAAAAAAGAUGCUAGCACUUCAAUGACCCCUCGAAAAUGGGACCAAUCAUUUUCAAAAAAUUACCCUCCACCUUUGCCACUGCCGCCUCAGAUAAAAAAAAGUGACCAUAGUUAUUUUGUGAUUGAAACUGCAAAAGAGUUUCAACAGAACCUUUCAAUAUCACCUGGAGCACUUGUUGAAAAUAGCUUUUUAGAAGAUUCCCUUACAAAUGAGACCAUCUUUAAAUCGUGCAAUGAAACAGUUUGUAAUCAGAAAAUAAGCUCAACUCUGCUUGAAGAUUCAAAUAAUAAACACAUUAAGAAGCAUGAAAAAUCCAAUAAAAAAAUAAUCAAAAAGCAUGAAGACUCUAAACAAGAAAACUUCAUCAGAAAUAAUGGAGUGCAAAGUAUUUCAAAUAAAGAAUCAAGCAAUGAACGAGAUUCUAGUGGUUAUGUUGGUGAUGUCGAACAUCUAUCAGAAAAUCUAUCAGAAAGUUCAACAGAUGAAACUUUUUGGAGUUUAAGAAGUUCUCCUAUGUCUCCACUUCCUAACUGUACUUCUAUUACUUUUCGAAAGAAAAAGGUAUUAAACACUCCCUCUGACAUUUUGCAAAAGAAAGCAAAAGAAUAUUCUGAAAAAAUGUUUGAAGAAAAAGAACAACAAACCACUGUUUUCACAGAUACAAAAUAUGUUGGCACUAACUCUGCUAGUUUUCGAGAUGCUGCAAGUCAAGCUGAGCUUUCAGACAUUUAUAAUGAAGUUAUCAAAAUAAGAAGAGAGUCCUAUGUAAGGUUUCUUGAUGAAAAACCUCCAAUAGACAACAUAGCUGAGAAAAAUAUUGUGGAGCCAUGUGAUAAACAUUGUACAGCCGCAAACUCGCUUGAAAGGCAUGAUAAAAGUUGUGCAGGUGUACACUCACCUAAUUUUUUUACAAAUAAUCUUCAUCUUCAGAAUAUGGAUCUUCAAUUUCAGAAUAUACAUUUGGAUCAAUGCGAUGUUGAUUGUUCUGAAAAAGACAAUGAAAAAAAUAAAUUAUCAUCUAAUAGUGAGGAUGACCUCAUAGAUGAGGAAAAUUCUUCAUCAUCUGAAAAUCUAUCUGAAUCAUCUUUGGGUUCAAAUUUUGAUGAAGACCUUCUUAAAAAUGUAACGGUUGACUAUAGUAAUGAUAGCUUGAAUCAGUUUCCAAAUGUUUCGCAGCUUAUACACUUUUACGAAUUAAAAACAGAUGAUGAAGUACUUUCUGCUCGUGGAACUCCAACAGUAGAUCUUAGCAUGGUAAGUAAAGUUUAUAAUGAGAUCACAAUUGACUAUGAUUGGAAAGAUGUUAGUCUUUUAAGUGCAACCGAAGAAGAACAUCCAAUUACAGUUCCAGCAAGUAUUCUUAUGCUUAGCUGCAAUGAGCUUAGACAAAGACUUAUAAAACUUGGAGAAAAUCCUGGUCCAAUAUCACCUAGCACUCAAAAGGUGUAUCAAAGGUAUUUAGCAAAAUUAGAGAAGCAACCAGAUGCUCAAUUUACUAAAGUUAAAGAGACAAGGUUUGCAGAUUAUACUUCUGAACUUCGACAGAUAUUAACAGGUGUUAGCUUGUACUCUGAAAAAGACAGUAAUGAUCUUGAAGUAGAAAUGGCGUAUAUAUUUUCCAAUCCUGAAAAACAUACCUGGAGAGAAGGCACUCAAAAAGCAUCAUUUAAUUAUUUAUUACUUGAUCCAAGAGUAACAAAAAAUUUACCAGAUCGUUCAAUGAAUAUGACUUUUGUGGAGCAACUUCGUGCCUUCACUGCAUCUAUUUUUUAUAUAGGCAAAGCAAAGAAGUCAAGACCAUAUGAACACUUAUAUGAUGCUUCUAAACAUUUUAAAACUGACAAAAAUAAGUGUGGAAGUAGUAAGCUUAAUAUGAUCUGUGAUAUAUGGAAUUCUGGAAUGGGAGUUGUUUCGGUCCAUGUUUUUCAUAGUAUUAUUCCUGUAGAGGCUUAUACAAGAGAAGGCUGCAUGGUGGAUGCUAUGGGUUUAUCACGAUUAACAAAUGCAAAACGUGGAGAGUUUUAUGGACCUGCUAGUUCAUGGAAUGCUAAAAAAAGACGUUUGCUUGGAAUACAUCUCCUUGUAAAAGCAAUGAAAAUUUAUUUUAUUGAAGGUGAAAAACAAAUUCGAGAAUGCGAUUUGACUGGAUGAUUGUAAUGUCUGGUGAUUUAUGUGAUAACUCUUGUUUAAAUUGAAAGUGAUAAUUAUUUUUUAAAUUUAAUAUUAUACUAUAUUUAUAUAAUCCUAUAUUUAUCUUA